AUGGAGCCGGAAAACAAUCAGCCUACCCUCUCCGAGGAGCGCAUGAGGGACAAGACCCCUGAAACAACGCAACUUCCUGAAGGAUACGAUAUUAAACACUACAUCGAAUUCAUUCUCCCAUACGAUCUUGGCCAUGGGAAGACAGAAUACACAAUGGGGCCCGACAUCGUCGUCUUGGAAAUGAAGAAGCCGAAAAAAGAUCAGCCUAUCCUCUCUGAGGAGCGCAUGAGGGACAAGACCCCCGAAACGCAACUUCCUGAAGGAUUCAAACCUAGCGGGACCUGCGUAUACAUUUUCCCAUUCGAUCAUGGCGAUGGGAAGACAGAAUGCACAGAGAAGCCGGGAAACGAUCAGCCUACCCUCCCUGAGGAGCGCAUGAGGGACAAGACCUCCGAAACGCAGCUUCCUGAAGGAUUUAAACCUGACGGGUCCUGCGUAUAUAUUUUCCCAUUCGAUCAUGGCGAUGGGAAGACAGAGUCCUCUGACGCAGGUCGUUGA